AUAAGCCAAAGAUGAACAGACGCAGCAGCCUUGCAAAUCAAAACCCAAACCCUUCCUUUUUCCCCUUCUCUCUAGGUAUAAAAAUAUUUUUCUCAAAACAUUUUCCCCCAAAUGUGUCGCGUCAACUCUCUAAAUCAAUAAACCUUUAAUAUUAAAAUAAAAAUGAAAUAAUUUCAAAGUUUAGAAAAUUUAUAUUACAAAUUGAAAUUUAAUUAAGGCAAUGUUACGUAAUAUAAGAGUCCGAGUGAAAUUUAACAAACCCCACUCUUUUAUUCAAUUUGUUCUGCUCUUUAUACACGACUCUAAUGGGAUCUCUGAAGAAAAUUUUCUGAUCAUCUGACUGAGGAUGUCCCAAGCUGACGUCUCCUACAGCUGCGGGUCUUGUGGAUACCCUUUGAACUUAACAUCUUCCAAUAGAAUCACUUCCAAUAUAGGUUCUGAAUAUCACAAAUCCAUAAAGAAAGGUUUUAUCUCCUUCCUUUCUGUUGAUCUUAGCCGGUUCACACAGGUCGACGAGGUAAAUUGUCUUCCUUUCUAUUGGGGCCGCUAUCGUUCAAAAACUAAACUCCUUUGCCGUAAAUGUGGAGUUCAUAUAGGUUAUGGUUAUGGAGAUUCUCCUGCUCUCUGUGGUUUUGACUCCUCAAACACGUCUAGUUCAGCUUAUAAAAAGUUUGCCAUAAAGAUCCGAGCUUUACAGCCUUCACAAGAGUGCUAA